CGUGGCCGGCUCCGGGUGCGGUCGUUGAGGCGUGCGUGUUCGUAGCGGUCGUUCGCCAUGGCCUCCUCCUCCACCGGGACUCAUCCUUCCCCCGCCGCCUCAGGCGCCUCGCUCGCCCCGGCCGCGUCCUCCGCUCCCCCCGCGGGGAUCCUCAUCGGGGACCGCCUGUACUCGGAGGUGUCGCUGACCAUCGACCACUCGCUCAUCCCCGAGGAGCGGCUCUCGCCGACGCCCUCCAUGCAGGACGGGCUGGACCUGCAGAGCGAGACAGACCUGCGGAUCCUGGGCUGCGAGCUCAUCCAGGCGCGCCGCAUCAUGCUCCGCCUGCCUCAGGUGGCGAUGGCGACCGGGCAGGUGUUGUUUCACCGCUUCUUUUAUUCCAAGUCGUUCGUCAAGCACAGCUUCGAGAUUGUUGCGAUGGCCUGCAUCAAUCUUGCAUCCAAAAUUGAAGAAGCGCCUCGUCGCAUAAGAGAUGUGAUCAACGUUUCCCAUCACUUGCGCCAGUUAAGAGUUAAAAGGACUCCAAGCCCAUUGAUACUUGAUCAGAACUACAUAAACACCAAAAAUCAAGUAAUCAAAGCAGAAAGGAGGGUCCUGAAGGAAUUGGGAUUUUGUGUUCAUGUCAAGCAUCCACAUAAGAUCAUUGUUAUGUACUUACAAGUCUUAGAAUGUGAACGUAAUCAAACACUCGUCCAAACAGCCUGGAAUUACAUGAAUGACAGCCUUAGAACCAAUGUAUUUGUUCGAUUUCAACCAGAGACAAUAGCAUGUGCUUGUAUCUACCUUGCGGCUAGAGCUCUACAGAUUCCUUUACCUAACCGUCCCCAUUGGUUUUUGCUUUUUGGAACUACUGAAGAAGAAAUUCAGGAGAUAUGUUUAACAACACUUAAGUUGUAUACGAGAAAGAAGCCUAACUAUGAAUUACUUGAUAAGGAAGUUGAAAAGAGAAAAAUGGCACUUCAAGAAGCUAAACUAAAAGCAAAAGGAUUAAACCCGGAUGGAACGCCAGCCCUUUCCACAUUGGGAGGCUUUUCACCUGCUUCCAAGCCCUGCUCUCCAAGGGAAAUGAAAGCAGAAGAGAAAUCUCCGUUGUGCAUCAAUGCAAAAAUUAUCAAGAAAGAACCAGAAGAGAGACAAGUGGUUUCCAAGAGCCCUUACAAUGGUAUGAGAAAAGAGAGCAAAAGAAGUAGAAGCAGCAGAAGUGCUAGCAGAUCGAAGUCAAGAACAAAGUCACGGUCCAGAUCCCAUUCCCCAAGGAGACAUUACAACAAUAGACGGAGUCUCUCUGGAACCUACAGCUCAAGAUCCAGAAGCAGAUCACGUAGUCACAGUGGCAGUCCUCGGAGGCAUCAUAAUCAUGGAUCACCACAUUUAAAACCCAAGCACAGCAGAGAAGAGUUGAAAGGUGCAAAUAGACACGGUCACAAAAGGAAAAAGUCUCGCUCCCGUUCUCAGAGCAAAUCCAGGGACCACACAGAUGCUACCAAGAAACACAGGCACGAGCGAGGACACCACAGGGACAGGCGAGAGAGAUCUCGCUCGUUUGAAAGGUCGCAUAAAGGAAAGCACCACAGCGGCAGUCGCUCAGGACACAGCAGACACAGGCGCUGAUGGGGGGCAGAUUGAACUGUCCUUUAGUUACGCUUGUAUAUUAUACCAUGUGCGGGACUCUUUGAAACUUGAAAAGAAGUCAAAUUAGGAUUUGAUUUGAAGCCCAACACCUUCAAUGAGUAGGACUUUUUAAAAAAAGGUGUUGAAUUUUUGCACAUAAAAUACCUUAGCAGUAUCAAACUGAUUUAAAACAAUGAUCAGGUUAAAUUGUAUGUGUUUAGAGAUGUAUCAGUAUGAAAACUGGAGAAUUUGUUUCUGUACAAAUGUACCUUAUUUUUAUACAAGCAUACUGCAGACAUUUCUAUUUAAGUAUAGUUAUUUGUUUAAAAUAAUGGUGAAUACUUUCUUACACUGGUUUUAGUCUGCAUGUGUGAAAAACUUUUUACAAGAAAUAAAAUAUACCGACUGUUCUUUUU